AUGCCUGCUUCGAGCACCGCAACGCCGAGUCGGGACGACGAGAUUACCCGAGUCGACCCUCCUAAGCCGACUUCUACUGCCGCUUACCUCGAACAUAUAUCCACCGCCAUCAUAGAAGCUCUUACCUCGUGCGAUGAUGCCGUUAUCCUCAAUCACCUCUCGCCCGAUUUCGAGAUGAUCACAGCCUGCGAAGAACUACCAGUAUCAUGUCCAACAAAGUCAGCGGCCAGCCUCGAACAGCACUUACAGAACAUGGCGUGGUUUCGCAAGCAAUUCCCCAAAUGGACCUUGGAGGUUUCCAAUGCUCGCUGCAACAUGACCAAGGGCUCCAGCACCGCUGAGGUGUGGCUUUCAUGUCAAGGUCUCCGGACGCCGGAAAGCCAGAUGUUCAAUCGCGAGACGGUGCAUGUUGUGUAUUGGCGGAGAAGUAAAACUCAAGGCAAUUGGGUCUGCUAUCGACACCAAGCGUUGGGAGGCGGCGGCAACUUCUUCUAG